CUCUACUUCUUCCAGCCAUGUCUCAACAUCAAAGUGAUGGGUUAGAAACCUACGGGUUCAUGUCCUACCAGGCAUUGAUAGGCACGGCUAUCAUUCUCGUAUCUUUGCUCAUCCAUCUACUUAGAAGCAACAGAACACUCAAACUUCCUCUCCUUGGCGACUCUACGUCCGAGGGACUUGGUAGGAUCCUCGCUGAAGCCUAUUCCGAGUACCCUAAGUCCCUAUUUGCCCUCGAUUCGGCACAUCACUCAACUGUUGUCUUACCUAUAUCGCUUCUGGACGAAGUCAAGUCCUUACCCGAGCAUCAGGUCAGCUUGGCUGAGUCGUUUUCCCAUCGUUUCUUCGGUCAAUAUACAUCUAUAGGACUGCCACCUGCUGCUGCAAUAAAAGCCAUCAGACUUGAUUUGACAAGCAAUAUUGCCAGUAGCCUAGACCAUUUGCAAGAUGAAUGCAAAUAUGCCUUCUCUAUCGGGGUACCUGAAUGUCCUAACACCUGGACACCUAUUCACGUCUAUCCAGUGCUAACACGAAUGAUCGCAUUGUUAUCCGGCCGAGUAUUCGUAGGCCUGCCUCUGUCGCGCGACGACAAAUGGGUCAAUAUCACAAUUGAUUAUACUAUGGACGCUUUUCAUUGUGUUUCGAAGUUAAGAAGCUAUAGCAAUUUCGUGCGACCGUUCGUUGCACCAUUUCUCGCAGAGACCAAGGCCAUUCGCAGACAUUACGCUAAUGCUAGGAUACUUCUAAAGCCAGUUUUAGAACAAAGACUAAAAGAUAUGCAAACUCCUGGCUUCCAAUCGCCGAAUGACUUAAUGGAGGUUAGUUCUGUGUCACAAGAAUCGAUAAGUCACAACCAAUGA